UGUUUAUAUCUGUCAAAAUUAUCUGUCGUGUGUGAGGUUAUGUUCGUUUCAUUAAGGGAUUGCGUGUUCCGUUAAAAUAAUUAAAUUUACGUUAAAAAUCAGCAAAAAUGUUACCUACAAUGGGAUUAUAUCAAAAUAUCGACUGUCCCUAUUUCGAAAAUUCCUGCGGUAGGCCAUAUUGUCAUUUUAGGCACAGAAGGAAAAACGCAGAUUGCGAGAGCACUUCUGCUAGUACCGAGGUACCGACUUACAAUCCAACACCCAAAAGCCAAUUGGCGAACGUAAAGACUCACAUUCCGAUCAGUUACGUGCCCGACUUGGCGCAACCGUCUGAAAAUAGUAGUUUUCGUUUUCGGUUUAACGAGAACUUGCCCACUUAUAAGCCAACUCCUAUUAGCGUUUUGGGGACCACAGCAAAAGUGAAUCACGUCGAAGAGAAAGACGAGGAUGAGGUCGAGUGCAAUGUAAACUUUGAGGAUUUGGAGAACGAAUUUGAAAUGAUCGACGAGCUUAUAAACGAUUCUAAUGGGAAGAUCGAAGCAGUCGAGGAAGUAGCUGCAGAAGUUUCGAAGCCGAAAUUAAAGGAGUCUAAAAGCAAAGGUAGAGAUAAGAGUAAGUCGAAGACUGACGAGAAGUCGAAGCAUAGUUCUAAGAAAUCGGAUUCAAAACACCGAAGUUCUAAGGACGAUAAACGGCAUAGUAGUAGCAAGUCCAAUUCGAAAUCGAGCUCGAAGGAUAAGCACCGUUCGAGUCGUAGGGAUAAACGGGGGAAUGAUCACAAAAAUAAAAGUAGGGAGUCGAGUGGUAGCCGGAAGAAAAAGAAAGAGAAGGAGAAGUCGCCUAAAAUUGAAGAGAAUGGCGACGAUCUAGCGGACGAUUUAGGGAACGGUUCGUUCGAUUUACAAGAUUUGUAUGAUUCCGAUUUGGAGGAGGAUCCGAUAGAGGAGUGCUACAAGAUAUUUACCGAGUACAAACCGACUGAACCCGAAAUAUUCCCAGAGGUAAUCAAAUCGGUGGAGGAGCAGCCGGUUGCGGUACUGAAAAAACGAAUUGCACACGAUAAUGCGGAUAAGAAUAAACCGAAGACAUUUCAGAACUCAAAACCGGCCAUGCCGAGCGCCGCCCAAAUCAUGGUCAAUCGCUUCAAAGCGAUCCGACAGAUGCAAUUAAACGCCGCUGAGGAGCAGGACGAUCUAAGCGAAAUUAAGAAGCACAUGUUAAAACGACCGGCAGAGGUGCCCGCCCAAAAGGCGAUUCCGGCGAAAGUCCGCAAAGUCGCGAAACCGCCAGAUCCGCCGUCGACGUCCCUAAUCGACGACAUACUCGGCGGGAAAGCGUCGAGCAAACCCAGGCGAAUCGCCCCGGUACAGAACGUCAACUCGAUACAGCGCGCGAAGGCAAAAAUCGACGAAAUGGCCAAGCGGAAGGCGAUCAAUUCGAUCUUGAAAACGACGGCGCAGUCGAAUAAGGGCGAGAAGCGGGUGGCGCACGUUCCCGACGUGUCCGCCGGCGACAUGCCCGAUCUUCUGGAGUCCGAGCGUUCGAAGUUACCCGUUAACGUCCGCUCGCGGUAUCUGUCGAUGAUUUUCGACGAAUGCGUCAAGCUAUACAUGCGUGUGGACGAGGCUCAGCAGAGGGCGGCCAGUGAGGAGUUUAAGUGCUACGAGAGGUGUUCUGCGCUCGUGACUUAUCGGAAUUCGGCGAUGCUCGCGAUCAACAGGUUGCGCAAGGAGCUGCAGGAAAGGGAGAUGUCCGGCUUGGGACCGAUACUGCCGGGUGACAUCACAACCGUUCCCAAAGACGGCGGGAGCGAGAUUAAGGGCGUUAAAUUCUACAAUAAUAUAAAGCAAUUGGUUUUAACCGACGACGAGUUGGUACUGCAUGGUUUUCCGCGCGAGGGGAGAAAGCCGGGCCUCGGGAAGGUACCGUGCCAGAAGCAGCACUCGAAAAUCGGUCUAGACGAAUUCGAUCGUAAAUGCUGUCGGUGCUCCAAGCUGUACAGGGUGGACGAAGAGGGUUUCGCGUUAUACGAAGAGGAGUGCGUGUAUCACCCGUUAAAGAAACGCACAUUUCGAGGUGAGAGUUUCUAUCUCUGUUGCAAGAGUGGGGAGGGUACGGGCUGCGUUACCGCGGCGACCCACGUUAGUGAGAGUGAACGAAACAAUGCGGACGGCGAAAUCGAAGGGUAUCAAAUGACGAUGCCGCCGGAACGCGACGAUGAUCCCAGAAGUAGCGAGGUGUUCGCGUUGGAUUGUGAAAUGUGCUACACGACGAAGGGCUUGGAAUUGACUAGGGUGACGAUCGUGAACUCGGAGUGCAAAACGGUGUACGAAAGUCUAGUGAAACCGCUCAGUCCGAUUAUCGAUUACAACACGAGGUUCUCGGGAAUAACGAAGGAGCAAAUGAAUCGAACGGCAACGAGUAUUUUACAGGUGCAGGCGAACAUUUUACAUCUGUGCAACGCAAACACGAUCCUAAUCGGACACAGUUUAGAGUCCGACAUGAAAGCUUUAAAGAUUAUCCACAGUAAAAUAAUCGACACCUCCGUAUUAUUUCCCCACAAGUUCGGGCUACCACAUAAGAGGGCUUUGCGCGAUCUCGCCAGGGAGUAUUUAAAGAAAAUCAUUCAGAACGACGUGCAGGGGCACGACAGUGCGGAGGACGCUCUCGCCUGUAUGGAACUCGUUCAGUGGAAAGUUAAAGAAUCUUUUAAAACGCGGGGCAUAAAAACAUAAAUUGAUCGAUUGUGCAUUAAAUUAGUGAAUAAAUUACUUUGCUGAGAAAGUAGAAUGAAGUAUAUCUGUAUAGGUUUAAAGUGUCAUGCGCACUCUCCAAAAGAUUAUGAUAUUGAUAAUUAUAUUUAUUAAAUGCAGCGUAUCAAAAGUAUAUUUAUAUUUAGUUUUGGUUAAUAUUUGGAGGGGCUGUUGUUUUGUUAUGAUCAGUUGUGCAGUACUGAUAAUAAUGUCAAAACAAAAUGACACCGUAACUAAUUUUGAUUUGAAUGUCUGUAAAAUGCUUUUUUAUAUAAAAUUUUAUAUAAUUUCA